AUGUCCACCACUACAUGCACCGACUCCGACUCCCCCACAACCUACACCCCCAUCCCCCUCACGCCCGAGCUCGCCCCGCUGAUGGGCCACGGCACCCCCGACACCUCCACCUCCGGAUCCACCGAGGAGCCGUCGAAAAAGAAGAUCUCCAAGCUGCUCGACACGCCCGCGCACGUGCUGCUGCUGCUCAAGAGCUGGCUCGGCUUCUCGCAGGUCGAGCGGUGGCAGAUCGAGGAGGAGGAGGCGCGGAUCAUGUUGCUGGGCGUCGAGGAGGAGGACGACGACGAGGACGAGGGCAUCGAUAUGCAUAUGCAGGGUUACGUUAGAGCCGUUUUUUUUAUGAUGUUAUGA